CAAGAAGUGCCUGCUUGUCCGGGAAUUCUGCGUUCUCCUCGAAGACUCUCGCCCUUUCGUGCCCUCGUUCCUCUGUGGCUGAAGAAGAUAUAUUUACCAGCUGGAUUCCGGAAGAGCCGUGGGACACCUAAGUAUCGUGGGCCGGCGCGAGGAGGACGGCCUGACCUUGGACACGGAGCGGGGUCCUUCGGCGGGUCCUUGCGAGGGUGACUUUCAGCCGGCGGUUCUGGCCACAGUGUCCCUCCCGGCGCCAUGGCCCAGUUUGUCCGGAACCUCGCGGAGAAGGGCCCCGCGCUGGUGAACGCUGCUGUGACUUACUCGAAGCCUCGACUGGCCACGUUUUGGCACUAUGCCAAGGUUGAGCUGAUUCCUCCAACCCCUGCUGAGAUCCCUACAGCUAUUCAGGGCAUCAAAAAAAUAGUCCGGAGUGCUCAGACUGGAAGCUUCAAACAGCUCACCGUUAAGGAAGCUCUGCUGAAUGGGUUGGUGGCCACUGAGGUGUGGAUGUGGUUUUAUGUCGGCGAGAUCAUCGGCAAGCGCAACAUCAUUGGCUAUGAUGUUUAAAAACCAAUCUUGAACACCUGCAGUGUUGGUUUUUUUGUUUAUUAUUUGAAUAUUCUUGUACCGUGAGCGAUCAGAAUGGUAUUUGAAUAAAAAAGAGAUAUGUCAAAAUCAA